AGUUUGGUCCGGUACUCCUGUCUGUCACAUCCUUGCCGUUUGGGACGUUAUAAAUGCAUGUUUUUACAGCACUUGCUGAAUUUUAUUGCUAGUUGUGAUUCGCGCGGACGCUUUUUCGCAACUAUAGAAGUCGACCGGAUGAUCCUCAUUUAUUGUCAGAAUUUAUUUUGCUCUCGUCGUGUCAAAAAUUUUGUUGACCUACGAUAAAUUUCAUCGAGUCUAAAAGAUUAGGCGAAAAAAAUUUGGUUACUAAGACCAUAUGGAUGAUCAACGUUGUGUAACAUCUGCUGACCAAUUCGCCAAUAUUUUACUUAGAUUUGCAAAUAACAGCACGUGGAAAACACUUUAGCUCAGAUAUAAUAAGAAUGUCGUCGUGGUUUUGUAUAAUGGUGAUUUUUCUUAUACACCUUCACGAAAUUAGCCUAGGACCAGCUUGUAGAAUAAGUGAAUUUCCAUGUAGAAAUGGUAGAUGUAUACGUUUAAAUGGAUACUGUGACGGAAAUGAUGACUGCGGUGAUGUAUCGGAUGAACCACCAUUCUGCACAGUGUGUAACCGUACAUAUUAUGGAGACGUUGGAAAAACUUACGAUCUAAGAGUGCUGAAACUCACCGAUCCGCGACUUCCAUUUCUAUGCCACCUCACAUUUACUGCCAAUGGACAAAAUCAUGGGGACAUAAUUCAGUUGAUAUUCGACGAAUUCAAAGUGGGUCGAUACGAAGCAUCCGCAUUGGACGGCUGUCCUGACGGUUACAUGCAACUCAGCGAAUUAGGGCGACCAUUUACCGGAGGCUCAUGGUGCGGAACAUCUUCCGGUCCGGCAGCCUAUUACAGCGAAACAUCCACCAUAACAGUAACAGUAAAAUUGUUCGGCUCUCCAGAAAUUCCAUUCGCGUUCCGACUCAGAUAUAGAUUUUUCUCCAAGAGGGAAGCAAUAGUGAGAUUUGGUUCUCCGGUAUCUCCUUUAGAAAGAGGGCAGAUAGCACCGGGAACGUAUUGUACGAGGCAGUUUGAAGAAUGUUACAGGAAACCAUGUAGAUUACAAUCCCCCAAUUAUCCCGGGAUGUAUCCUAGGAACGUUUCUUGCUAUUGGAGCUUGAGACAAAAGUUUGUUCCUACUUGUAAACAUGCUAUGAUAUCGGUUCGACAAGAAGCUGUACAUAAAAUGCAAAUGAAAAGGUCAAUCAAUGUUGCCGGUUUGAAUAAAACUGAAAGAAUGUUGAGAGCUUGGAGAGACUGUACAGGAGAACGUGAUCAUUUAAUAUUUUACGACGGAGGAUCAACGAACGACGCAGUAUUAGCUAAAUAUUGCGGCGGAGAUUGGCUACCAAGAGUUGUUUCCCGAGGUCCGGAAAUGUUAGUAGCAUUCCAUUCAUCUCCAUUCAGCAUACCCCUACAUUCACCUUCAUCUUUAUCGACUUUGCGCGGAUUUGAACUAGACGUUGAAGUUAUUUUUGUAGAUUCUGAUUCACUAGAUUUCUCCCGUCAUACUUUAGACUGUAUAUUUCAUAUCAAUGCAACAAAUCCCGAUAGCGACGAAAUUUGGACUGGGAGAGGGCGCAAAGGUAAAUUGUUAAGCCCCAAACAUUCUUUGCCACCUAAUACUACAUGCACUUAUAAGUUUAGAGGCUACCCCGAAGACCUAGUUUGGAUAGCAUUUAUUUCGUAUAGUCAUAAGGCGUUAUUAGUUGGUGAUAAUGCGCACGCUUUGCUUCGAAACGAUACGUUUACCAAUGGUUGUUCGACGCGUAUAAGGAUUUGGGACGGUAGCAAAUUAAUUGAAGAUAAAUGUGACGAGGCUCCGAGAUUAUGUGACCACAGUGCAUUAAGCAAUACUACUAGGAUUACUAGACCGUGUUCGAAAGACGAAAGCUAUUUGACAAUCGAUAAAAGUUUGAGUAUUCAGCAUUAUACUGAAGACGGAACUGCCCUACAUCCAGCAUCAUUUAAGUUGAUAUACGAAUUCGUUGAUACUAAGAUGGGAGGAGAGCCGUGGCCUAAUAAAAUUGACGCAGGAUCGUGUUACCGACUUUUUAAAAAGCAACAUGUCGGAGACGUGACUUCACCAAGAAAUAUUUUUCUCUACGGUAGAGGAGGAGCGAAAGAUUUGGAUUGCAUUUAUAGAUUCGAAGCUGGUAUUAAUGAAAGAGUAAGAUUGAUAUUGAAUAACGCUUCGUUUGGAAUGAAUCCUACAUGUGAGACUGUAAUAGACCCUCAUACGGGUAGACAAAUAUGUGAAUAUACCGUUGGAAGCCGUAUUUCCGAACUGAAUAUAUUCGAAACACCAUGGGAAGAUAUUCGAAUUCACAAAACCUGUAUCUGUGAUAAUGUAACACUUUCAAAUAAACCGCUAGUAUUCACAUCUACUUCCAGUACUCUGGAACUUCAAUUCACUGCCAAAGAUAUGAAUAUAACAGAAGACUUCACCGUUAUACAUUUCCACGUGUUAUUUGAAAUAAUAUCGAUGGAUGAAUGUCCGAGAAAUCAAAGACUUCGAGGGUACGGAGGUGAUGUGCAGCUGCAUUCGCCACCAGCGAACGCAGCUGAUAAUUUGUGUUUAGGUUUACCAUGGAUUGUCGAAGCUAGAUAUAAUAGAAGCCUAUUUUUAUUGAGUUGGGGUGCUUUUCUACCGCUUAAACCGCGUUCAGAUGAAUCUGCUCGCUGUCCCACCACCAAUCGUAUCAUGAUCUAUUCGGGCCGGCCGCCCAAAUUAGUAAGAGUAGUUUGUCCAGCAGAGCCAGGUACACGUCCUUUAGCAGUUCACGUGUUUAGCGAAGAAUGGUGGGGAGAAGCUUUAGCGCACAUUGUUCAACGUCCCCCUAAUUUCAUGAUUGAAUGGAUCGGAUCGGAAAAUGGCGAAGCAGCAUUCAGUUGGUUAGAAAUUUCUAGAUCGAGAGCAUCCUUACUUCACCAACUCCAAGUUCCAAUAAACGCAAGUACCAACGAAACGGAUUUGGAAUGUGCGUACAAGUGUCCCGAGCUCGAUGCUUGCAUAAGUUCAUCUUUAUGGUGUGACGGAAAGGAUCAUUGUCCUUCGGGUUUCGACGAAUCCGAAACUCAUUGCGGUGCCACCUCGAAAUUACUAAACUCGUUACCACUAUCAGCAAUGGCUGUUGCAACAGCUGUGAUAUGUUUAAUCAUCCUUUUAGUAUGCUUAACGUUACACAGAUCUCGAGCCCGCCGAAGACGAAGAAUGGCAAAAAAAAAGUUAUUGACCGGUCCUCAAUUAUUGAGUGCUAGUAUCAGUUCUUGACAUAAAACUCCUCCUGUAGAAUAUAUACAUGUGGAUCGGGAGACAACCGUAUGAGUUAAGGAGUUAACCGAUUCAUCCGUCCCAAUGCUCACAUUUUUAUCUACCGGUGCCUUUCUGUGAUUUACAACGGUUACACGUGAUAUCUUCACAUUUACACCAUAAUUAGAUAAGUAUCGAACGGCCCCUCGUACCCAUAUUUUCACUGUAUCACUUAACGAUAAGAAACGAUAUCACAUAAAUUAUUGAGGAAUAUUAUAACUUACUCCACGUAACUAUUCAGUACAAAAACAUCAUGUAUUUUGUUGUUAGUUUUUUAUUUAAACCUUUUUGCUUUUUCUGUACAACGAAUGGUGCUCGUCAUUUUACUUUUUUAGCAGUAUUAUUUAUAGAUUUAAUUUGAGCAAUCUCGGUUCGAAUUCUUUUGGAAUUAAUCCAUUUUUACUGGUUCUUCCAAUGGACCCACAUAAAAUAAAGUGAACGACCUCGCUAGUCAUUUAAUAUGUCUACAUCUACCGAUCAAUACGUUAAAACCAUAAACUUCAAGUAUUAAUACUACUAGGAAAUAAAUUAAUCAAAUAUGUAAAUGUAUUCUACACAGUAUAUUCCAAAUAGUAUGAUUCUAUUUCUUCCGAUCUGAAUUCGUGCAUUUAUCUUUUUGCUUCCAGAGGCGAUUAACCUCGCCAUUUUGUACGAAUUACCGUUGUUUCAUUAACAUGGAAAUGACAACUAACAUUUUUUUUUUUUUCAAAAGCAACUAAAACAUCCGCUACAGACAUUUUGUUGAACCGUAGUGAAAGCUCUUCUAAAUCUCACUAUUGACUGCCUCUGACUCUUAAAAGUCCUUCUGGACAAUUAUCCGAAUUACUUCUACAAAUAAUGUGUUCAUUAACUCUCAGUGAACGUGACUUGAAACAAGAAUAUUUGGUAAUAACAGAAAUACAUAGCUCCCUACUUUUGUUUUGAUAGUACCACAAAAUGCAAAUACUCGUAAUAUGCUGAUCAUUUAAUGUAUAUUUUCUCUCGAACCUCUUCCUCGAUCUUGUAAAAUAUACCUAACUGGUGUGAGUGAGUGGGGAAGUAGAAUUUUAAAAAUUCUUGAGUAAAUCUAUUCUUUCUUUGAAGGAACAAAAAAUACUGUGUAAGUAACAAAGGUUUCUGCCGCGCUCGGAAACGUCCCGUUGUUAAAAUAACUAAGUUGUUUUAUAAUAGAUGAUUAUAGUAUAAUAUAAUUUUUUUACUAGAAUUUCAAUGUAUAUUAUUAAAGCUUUUCUCUUUGAUCAUAAAUAUAUGAAAUGACUUAGAGUUUUUAAUGUUUCAAUUAAAAUUUUUUAAAUCACGCCGCGGUCAUGUCUUCGUGGUAAUCAGCAUAGGAUUGAGAAAAGCUGUUAAAAGGUAAAAUCAAAGCAUUAAAACAAUCUUCACUGCCAUUAAGAAUAAUAAUUGGGUACUCGUUUGCUCCUUGAGCACUACGUCCUGUGUAUCGAAGAAAGUUCAGUCCAAAUAUUAUUCUGUUGUCAAGUUUUUUAUGUUUAAAACUAGGGAUGAGUCGAUUCUCGAUACCAUCGAUUCUUGGUCAUUGGUAUCGGUAUCUAGAAUCGAUCACAAUAAGUUGAUACCGAUACCAGUAAAUGAACGGAAAAAUUAUUUUUUAAUCCAAUUUAUACUAUUAUCAAAAUGAAAAUAUCAUAUUUUGGAAAAUCAUUUGUUAAAAUAUUUGUCUCUCUUUAAACAACAGGCUGCUUCCGUGCAUUUAUUGCGCCGACAAAGUAGUUCCAUAUCGUCUUUGAUACAUUAGGUGUAGCGUGUAGAAAAAUCCUGCUUUUAAAAUAAGUUGGACAAUGAUUUUGAUUGUUAAUACAAUAAUCAAAAAACCAAAGAGCGAAAAUUUUAAUUGGUGAUAUGGGGAGAUAUGCACAUUUCUUCGUGAUAUUUAUUUUAUUUAUUAAUUUCGACAACCUUCUGCGUAUGGCUUAAAUUUUUUACCAUUAGAAAUUGUCUCAUUUGUCCCUAUAUAGGCAUAAAUUGGUUUGUAGGUUGUUUAAACAAAUUAUGAAUAUGUUUCUAGUGAGAGAAUUUUUAUUUACAAGGGGCUAUUAUAAAUCCAUGGUACCGGAAUUGGGAGUCGAUUUUUUAGGUAUCGAUAUCGAGAAUCGAAAAAUUUUAGUAUCGACACAUCUCUAUUCAAAACCAACACAAGUGUCCAAACAUAUAUUGUCAUAAUCAGAGUAUGUAUGCGUUUUCUGAACCUAGUCCAAUUUUAGUACUAAAUAAAAAGUCAUAAAUUAUUUGUCGAAUAACAUAUGUGGUUGUAUAAUGUAUAAAGUUAAUUGUUCAACCCAUUUAAUAAUAGAAAUUUCUAAUUGAUCACCAAAAAGCCAUUUUAAAUUUAAAUAGUUAAUAAUAAUGAAAACAAAACACUAAAAUUAAACACAAAAAUCGCAAAUGAAACUAAUAUCCCAAAAAAAUUAAAAUAAAUAUAAUACUCAUUAAUUUCGACACUACGAACUACCACUGUCAACAAUCGAAAACAAGCUUAAUAUUUUGAUAAUGCGCACGUGUUCUUUGCACCAUGUUAAUUAUUUGACUGGUUUACUAAGGGUCGGUAUUACAAAGUCCGGUUGACCGAAGGUUGAGAUUCAAUUGUUGAGAGAAAGAGAGAGAUACGUUGGUUAAAGUUUGGUAGGAUAAGGAUGAUUUUUGUGAUGGAGGUGGUUUGUUUGAGUAGGCCCUGAUAUAGGAAUAGCUCCUCUGCAGGGCUAGGGUUGUGGUGGUUUAGUUGGCUUGGGUUUGCACAACUAUUUCUAUGGGGAGAUUUUGGCCAAAAUAAAACAAAGUGAAGCUUGUAAGCAAAACGGCCCUUCUCGGAUUGUUUUUUUUUUUAUUUUUGAGAGGCUUUAUUUGUUUUUUAUGGUUUUUUUAAAGCCGAAUUUACAUAAUAUGAAAGUUAGCCAGAAGUCCAAUGAGUGGUUGAUUGUUGGUUCUACCGUAACGAAAUAAUUUGAAGCGUCAACCAAGAGUUGAAAGGUAUUUUCUAACCUCAAUUUUUGUUUAUUUUGGCUUGCGUUAUUUUGGCAUCUCCCGAAAUUUUACGAAACAGGCUACUUUGGAAAGAUAGUAGUAAUAAUGAUUCAUCUGAGACUCUGAUUUUUCUUUUUCCUUUGCAAUUCAUCUUUUUAAACAGUACACGUGGAAACUUCCAACAAAACUAUACUUUGACUUUUGACUGACGCACUAUCCACUAAGAUUUGAUUGGUUAAAAUUGAAGUCCCAGUGCAACCAACGUAAAUUUUUCAGCACAAAGCUCCAGUUAGCCAACGGAUGGUUGUAAAUGCGUUAUAAUACCGAACCGAUGUUAACUAUCGGUGGAGUUUCGAACAGCGCUUGAAUAACGUCCAGUCUAAGAAAACUUUUAUAAUACUGACCCUAAUAAAUACAUAAUCUAGUGAAAUAACUACAUUCGUCGUGCGAAUAAGUAUUAUAAAGGCUUCUUCAAAACUCGCUUAGGUAUAUCUUUUACUUUUUAUAGUCCUUCAAACAAGAAUAGAUAAACUCCACUGCACUGCAUUUGCAUCUGAUUAUCUAUUUCCCUGCUGAGAAUGGAUACUUAAUCUUUUAGGCUCUCAAGGUAAUUCCAAACUGUCUAUGUUUACGUCAACAAAUUAUUAGGACUUAUCUUUCCGAUAUACAUACAGAAUGCUGCAUUUAAAAACAAAACACCUAUAACUUCAUUCCAAUUACCUGUUUAAUAAAAUUGUGAACUACUUCAAGUUUUUGAACGCAAAUGUGUUUAUUUAUAACAUCGUUUUAAUUUCUUUGUUAGUGAGAUACUUCGGAUGACACACAUUCUCGUUACUUAAUUUGCCAUGUCUUUAUUUUCACGAGAAACUACAGCUGUUUGUAUAUGAGGGAGCCUUCUCAAUCGGACUUUUGUACUUUGAACUAUAAAACGCUUGCAAUGAAUCAUUACGCUCCAUAAAAAAAACAUAUAUACCCCUCCCUCAAUUAAGAGUAGCACAUUAUACAUAAUGAAAGUGACCCUCUCCCUCCCAAUUACAAAAAAAUUGAAAGUUGAUUCCACUUCAAAUGCACUCAUACCUAUCAUCAAUAAAAACAAAAUCUGUCCCCAAAAUAUAAAA